AUGGACACCCAAGACGCUCAAGAAUAUCUCACCAACUUUGUCAACGUGACCUCGACGCAGUUUCACAAGCUCCCCGGGUCGGCGAUUUUCCUGCGAUAUGUCAAGUCAAGCUACCAGGACGACCCUGUCCGCUCCGCGGUCGAACUCUUUCUCGUCCUCUUUGCCAUUCGGUAUCUGUUGGCGCCCAAAUACUCGACGAAGCCCAAUUUUGUCAAGUUGACCGAAGAGGAGAUCGAUGAUCUUGUGGACGAGUGGACGCCGGAGCCCCUGGUGGCCAAAACGACCCCAUUUGAGGAGGCGGAGCUGGAGAAGCGACCUGUGAUUGUCGGGCCCAGUGGACCGCGCUCGAAACUGACCAACGGCCGGACCGUGACCAAUUUGGCCUCGUACAAUUUCUACAACCUGGUCUCGAACGAAAAUCUCAAGGAGAGGGCGAUCCAAGCCCUGCGCACCUACGGCGUCGGCCCCUGUGGCCCCCCCGGGUUCUACGGGACACAAGAUGUUCACAUGAAGGUGGAGGCGGACAUCGCAGCGUUCCUCGGCACUACGGCAUGUAUCAUGUAUGCGCAGGCAUUCUCGACCAUAUCGAGUGUGAUCCCGGCGUUCUCCAAGAGGGGGGAUAUCAUUGUCGCCGACAAGGCGGUCAACUACGCCAUCCGCAAAGGCAUCCAGAUCUCUCGAAGUGCAGUGAGAUGGUACGAGCAUAAUGACAUGGAGGACCUGCAACGAGUGCUGGCCAAGGUGACCAAGGAACAAGCCAAGAAGCCGUUGACUCGGCGGUUCAUCAUCACCGAAGGCCUGUUUGAGAACGUCGGGGAUAUGGCUGAUUUGCCCAAGAUUAUCGAAUUGAAGCUCAAGUACAAGUUCCGUCUGAUCCUCGACGAGACAUGGUCCUUCGGAGUGCUAGGCCGAACGGGCAGAGGCAUCACGGAGCACCAGCACGUCGACGCCGCCGAGGUCGACAUGAUCGUCGGAUCUCUGGCCGGCCCGCUGUCCGCGGCAGGAGGCUUCUGUGCCGGAUCGGACGAAGUCGUGGAGCAUCAGCGGCUUUCAGCAUCGUCGUACACCUUCUCCGCAGCCCCCUCGGCGAUCGCGGCCGUCACGGCAAGUGAGAUCCUCGUGAUGCUGCAGACCCAGCCCGAACUGUUCACCCAGCUGAGAGAUAACAUCCGAUCCAUGUGGACGCAACUCGACCCCCGAAGUGACUGGAUGUACUGCACCAGUGCGCCCGAGAACCCGAUCAUGCUUCUGGCACUGAAGCCCGAAGUCGUUUCUUCUCGGCGGCUGACGCCCGAUGAUCAGCAGCAAUUGCUGCAAGAUAUAGUGGACGAGUGCCUGGCGCAAAACGUGCUCAUCACCCGUGCCAAAACCCUUCCUGCUGGACCCUCGGGCGCAAAGACGGAUAUCUUCUCGCCUCUACCCGCCCUCAAGGUCUGCAUCACUUUGGGUCUGACGAAGAAGGAAAUCGAGAAGUCCGGCAUCAUCAUCCGCCAUGCAAUCACCAAGGUCCUUACACGGAAACGGUGA